CGGUGAUUGAUCAUAUGUAUAAUAUACAUAUACGCUGCACUCUGCAGAUGAUUAUAUGCACUCUGCACUUGCCGGUCUAUUUUCGCUGGUUAUUCUCUGCCUUAGAAAAAUGGCGGCCACGAGCAUGGAUUGGGAUUGCGGCGACUUUUUAGAAUUUCAGAACUCCUUGCAGAAAAUGAGACAAAUAGAUGACAAGAUUAUUUACAUGCUGAACACCACUAUUCCAACCGAGUCGUUUAAGGGUCAAGUUGAUCCAACAACAAAGUGCAAAGAUUUGUUCAAGCAAAUUCAGUCUGGUCAUGCACAGCGUGAGAUUGCAAUCAAAAAGUGUUUGAAUACAGCUCACGAGAGAGUUAAAGCACUAAAAGAACAAAGGGAUGCAGGAAAAGAUGAUCCCACACUAAUUAAAAACUUAAGGAAAGAGCAAAGCACAUUACGUCUUCUACAAUCGGAACUGGGUGUUGAAGAAGUUAUAAAGAAUAGAACAUCCCAGGUUUAUUAUGAAAGGUGCAGAAGAUUUUAUAAACCAGAGAAUGAAUCAUCAUGAAAUAAACUUUUGAUGGUUGAGGAUUUACUGAGUAGUUUGUGGAAAAACUGCCUUGCCAAGACAGCACAGUAAAAUAUAGUAUGCCUCUGUAACAAUAAAAUUGAUAAUCAAGCUAGUAAUAUUUUAUCAUGAUCAGAUCAUCACUUAUAAAUCACUGCAUUUAUUUCUAUCUUCUUUUUACAAUGAAAAAAUGGUGAAUAUUACUAACUUGAUGAUGUAUGCCUUUCAUAUAAUAGAAUAUAUUGUAAAUAUGAUACCAAACUUUAUACAAAAUAUAUAGGCAUGCAUAGUCAAUGAUUUUAAUGCAUCUCCUUUACUCAAGAGGAAAGAUAGUACUGAUGCACAAUGUAUAUAUAUAUAUAUAUAUUUGAUUUAUUAAAAAAAUAUUAAAGAUA